CGGCGACGCCCCCGCUCCGCCCCUCGCGCGCCAUGUGGCCGCUGCCGCCGCCGCUCCCGGCCUGGCCCUGCGGCGCCCUCGCCUGCCUCUCCGCCGCGCUGCUGCUCCCGCUGCUCCUCCUUCUGGGCCGCCGCCGCCGCCUGCCGGCCGAGAGGAAGGCGGUGCUGAUCACAGGCUGUGACAAGGGCUUCGGCCACGCCUUGGCCAGGCACCUCCACGGGAAAGGGUUCACCGUCUUUGCCGGCUGUUUGCUCCUGGACCAAGGAGGAGAUGGCGCCCAGCAGCUGUGCCGCCUGGGCCCUGAGCGGAUGCACGUCCUCCAGCUGGACGUGUGCUGCGAAGAGCAGGUGGCCCUAGCCUUCCGAUACGUGGAGGCACGGCUGGAGGACCCUGCUCAAGGUCUGUGGGGCUUGGUGAACAAUGCUGGAAUCGCCUCCUUUGGAGACGUGGAAUUCACCAGUGUGGAGAAGUACCAGAGGGUGGCUGACAUCAACUUAUGGGGGACCAUCCGUGUGACAAAAGCUUUUCUGCCCCUAAUUCGCAGGGCCAGAGGGCGGAUCGUCAACAUGAGCAGCAUGCUGGGCCGGAUGGCCAGGCCCAUGCGCUCCUCCUACUGCAUCUCCAAGUUCGGGGUGGAGGCCUUCAGCGACUGCCUACGGCAGGAGAUGUAUCGCUGGGGCGUCUCGGUGGUGGCCGUCGAGCCGAGCAACUUCAUCGCGGCCACAGGGAUCCUGACCCCCGAGGGCAUCGUGGGCGAGGGCGAGCGCAUGUGGCGUGGGGCCAGCGAGGCCGUCCGGGCAGAUUACGGAGAGGCCGACUUCCAGGAGAAGCUCUCUCGGAUGAAGGGCUUUGCGCACAGCGGCCUGCGGGAUGUCUCCCCGGUCCUGGAUGCCCUGACCGAAGCCCUCGCCGCGCGUCACCCCUACAGCCGCUACACCCCCAUGGAGGCCUCCUGGUGGCUGCGUCUGCAGGCUGCAACCCACCUGCCCACCGCCCUGGCCGACUGGCUCUUUGUCAGCUAGGCCGCCCCAGGUCAAGCAGAGAAGCCGUCCCUCGCUGCUUCCUCCGGGGGGGGGGGGGUGGAGUCACGUCCAGGUGAAUUAAAAGCAAUCAUAGUAGCCAAGUUAGCCAGAUGAGGGGAAAAAAUCCCAAAUCCUUAUAGACAAUCUCUCUUAAUCAGCAUAACUGAAAGGGUCACAAACCUGGUACACCAGUUGCGGCCUUAUCUGGACUGAGAGGCUUUACUCACAGUCACUCAUGCCCUUGUCACCUCAAGACUGGAUUACUGUAAUGCGCUCUACAUGGGGCUACCCUUGAAGAGCGUUCGGAGGCUG